UGGAGUUAUCUAGGCGUAAUUCCUGAAUACAACUUCCUGUUGUCUCGCAUUGUGUUUAAGGCUUUAGUGAGUUUCAUAAACUCACUUUAAAAGUGAGGUUAUGAAUCUUUAUUGUCUUGUAAUAACUUUUUAUCAAAGCAGCAAGUUUUAAGCAAGUCAUUAAUCUGAAUAUUUCAUACUCAGAUUACUUCAGACUGUUUUACUUGUGUAUAAGUGGAAAGCAACUAGUGUAUAAUCAGUACAAUAUUGUUUACGAAGAGCUCUCUUUAUCACAUGUAUGAUCACCACAACAUAAUUUGAAGUUUUAUGUUUUGUUUUACAGACUAUAUCUAUAAAGCGACUAUGUGCAGAAAAAAAGUUCGAAGUGACAGACAAUUUGAUAACGUGGAUUACACACAACUUACAGAAACUGAUAAUGAUUUCUUUGAUUCACAAUUUGUAAGCCCACCAAUAAAAAUACCGUGGAAGGCUAUUAUGUUAGCAGUUCUCCUAUUCAUUGGGGGCACUAUCAUGCUCAUAAUGGGAAGCUUGAUUAUAAGUGGACACAUUGAUUCAAAAUAUUCAGAUCGGAUAUGGCCAGUAAUAAUUUUAGGAGCCUUGAUGUUCAUACCGGGAGCUUAUCAUAUGAGGGUAGCUAUUUUAGCAUAUCAGAAAGUACCUGGCUAUUCCUUUGAUGAUAUACCUGAGUUUGAUUAA